AAUAAAACUCAAAAUAUAGUAACCAAACUACCCCACUUCCCUUCCUUUCCUUCAAAAAAGAAGACCAAAGCAAACCAUAAUUCAUUCGAUUCUCGUCACCCCUCACCCCACCACUCUCCAUCAUAUAUUUUCUAAUUCCCAUUUCACCCCUCCAAAUUAAUCUUAACUACAACCCAAAUCAUUCCCACCAUCACCAUUAAAAACACGUUACAUGCAAUAUUGCUAUACCUUUGUGCAACAAUGACAUUGAAAUCAAAUUAGAUUAUUGAUGUGGGUCUCAAAUGGAUACAUUGUUUAGACUUGUCAGUUUUCAACACCAACACCAACCUGAUCAUCAUCAUCAUCAAUCUCUCAACUCCACAACUAGCAUAACAACAACUUCUAGUAGCUCUAAAUCUUCUAAACAAAACUAUCACCAAAAUCACUACUACGAACAACAUCAUCAAGAAGAAGAAUGCUUCAACUUUUUCAUGGAUGAAGAAGAUCUUUCCUCAUCUUCUUCUAAGCACUACUAUCCUUAUAGUCAACCCUUCACCACAAUUACUACUCACACCCCCACCCCUACACCUACACCAACGCCGCCACCACCAACCGAUUUCGCCUUCGAAUUAACCGGUAAGUGGGCCCAUAACAUCCUCCUUGAAACAGCACAUGCUAUAGCUGAAAAAAACACAACUCGCUUACAACAACUUAUGUGGAUGCUUAAUGAACUGAGUUCUGCUUACGGAGACACAGAACAAAAACUCGCGGCUUAUUUUCUUCAAGCCUUGUUUUCUCGAAUGACCGAAGCUGGUACUCGAACCUUUCGAACCCUAGCUUCGGCAUCAGAGAAAACUUGCUCAUUUGAAUCAACAAGAAAAACGGUUUUGAAAUUUCAAGAAGUUAGUCCUUGGACUACUUUCGGCCAUGUUGCGUGCAAUGGCGCAAUUUUAGAAGCCUUAGAAGGAGAUUCUAGAUUGCAUAUAAUUGAUAUAAGUAACACGUAUUGCACUCAAUGGCCUACGCUUUUCGAAGCGUUGGCUACUCGCACUGACGAUACUCCUCAUCUUCGGUUAACCACCGUUGUAACCGCUAGUGGCUCGGUUCAAAAAGUUAUGAAAGAAAUUGGUUCAAGAUUGGAGAAAUUUGCUAGACUUAUGGGAGUUCCAUUUAAAUUCAAUGUUAUUCAUCACGCCGGUGAUCUUUCCGAUUUGGAUUUCUCCGAUUUAGAUAUUAAAGAAGAUGAAGCUUUAGCUGUUAAUUGUGUUAAUGCUUUGCAUUCAAUUACUAUUGGUAAUAGUAAUGGUAAUCGGCGCGACGUAUUAAUAACUAAAUUAAUCGCGUUGCGGCCGAGGAUAGUGACGGUGGUGGAGGAAGAAGCUGAUUUAGAUUUUGGUUAUGAAGGAUAUGAAUUUGUGAGAGGUUUUGAAGAAUGUUUAAGAUGGUUUAGGGUUUAUUUUGAAGCAUUAGAAGAGAGUUUUACGAAGACGAGUAACGAGCGGUUAAUGUUGGAAAGGGAAGCCGGAAGAGGGAUAGUUGAUUUGGUGGCGUGUGCUCCGGUGGAGUCGAUGGAACGGAGAGAAACCGCGGCGAAAUGGUGUCAACGUUUGCAUGGUGGAGGGUUUAAUACGGUGGCGUUUAGUGAAGAAGUUUGUGAUGAUGUUAGGGCUUUGUUGAGAAGGUAUAAAGAAGGGUGGUCGAUGGCGCGGUGUAAUGACGCCGGAAUAUUCUUGUCGUGGAAGGAACAACCGGUGGUUUGGGCUAGUGCAUGGAGGCCUUGAUUCGCACGUGUUUAUGGUUCUUUUAGCACGUGUGUAAGUGAAGGUUGGGAAUUUGGUUUUUUUUUUUUUUUUUGACAUUUAGUAAUGGGGUUUAUUUUUUGAGUUUGGUAAGUAAGACCAAAAUACUUUGCAUGUAUUGAUUAAUGAAAAACAAAUCAUGAAUUAAUUUACUCUUUUUUAAAAAAAUUAUUUAUUAAUAGUAUUUCAUUUCUUUAUCGUUUCGUUGUUAAUAUGUUAUGUUAGUAAUCAGACGUCUGAAUCUGAUCAUUUAUAAAUUUCACUCUGUUAAAUGUUUGAGUUCAAUCACAGUUACAUUAAUUUUGAGACUUGUGAUAAUUCUUUUAGUUUGUCAAAUAUAGUACUAUAAGUUA